UCCUUUUGAAAGUUAAUUUAUUGCUGGCCGUGCUCGCGAGAAGCGCCAUUUUGGCUUCAGGCAAGUAUGGGCAUGUUUAUCUGCAGUUAGCGUUCCAGUGUUAUUACAGUUCACUGCCCUCACCUGAACAUUCAUUACUCAUCACUCGUUCACAUCCAUCAGAAGAAGAGAAUCGCACUAGAAAUCGCAGCAACAAUGGAGCAUUUGCAUUAUAGACUAAAUUUUGAUCUAGACAAAAAUUUCAUCACAGCUUGAAAGAGCAUCACAAAAUUAGUAAUAUUCCGAAGUUUCGUUGCGAAAUGUUGGAAAAUGCGGAUAAUAUAGCCAUGCGAAGUUUGCCGUUUUUCAGUCAUUUUGUAUUACGCACGGGAAAUUGACAGCCCAAUCGGGUGUUGGGGCAUCAAUUUUCCGUUUGUAAUACAAAAUGACUGAAAAUUGCAAAUUUCGCAAGGCUAUAAUAUCCGCAUUUUACAACAUUUCGCAACGAAACUUUGGAAUAUUACUAAUUUUGUGAUGCUCUUUCAAGCUGUGAUGAAAUUUUUGUCUAGAUCAAAAUUUAGUCUAUAAUGCAAAUGGUCCAUUGCAAGUGUAAACGGGCCUUAGGACUCAGUACUAUCGACGAUCUUUGUAUGUCAAAGUUGAUGUUUUGCCUUUUUUACAUUGUAGUUCACGGUCGAUACAGUCCGUGGUCUGAGUUCACGCCAUGUUCAGUGACCUGUGGUUUGGGCGUUCAUUCUCGCAGCAGAACUUGCACAGAUCCCAGGCCAGCCCACGGGGGGCGAAACUGCAGUCGCCAGGGACCAACCACAGAGAUGGCGUCAUGCAUGGAUCGAAAAUGUCCAAUAAACGGCGGUUAUUCGGAAUGGAGUAAAUUCAGCAUUUGCAGUCAAACCUGUGGAGGAGGGUUCUCAACUCGUAUACGAACGUGUACCCAGCCUGAGCCUAAAUAUGGCGGGAAAAAGUGUUCGGGCUUAGGGGCAGCUCGGGAGAUUCGGCUGUGCAACUUCAUACCGUGCCCAGUCCACGGAGGGUACUCGACCUGGAGGAAUUUUAGUGUUUGUACGAAAAGUUGUGAGAACGGCACAAAAUAUAGAAACAGAACUUGCGACAGCCCGAGGCCACUUCAUGGAGGAAGAAAUUGCUCAAAAUUUGGACUUUCGUUUGAAGUUGUUGCGUGUAAUGAAUUUCCAUGUCCAAUCGACGGCGGUUACACCCAAUGGUCUAAAUUUUCGGAGUGUACUUUAACAUGUGGAGGGGGUAAGAAAACCAGAGUGCGGACUUGCACGGAACCAACUCCACAACAUGGCGGGCAUGAUUGCCAACGUUUUGGCUCAACUAAAGAAACUAGGAGAUGCAAUACGCAUUUUUGCCCGAUCCACGGAGGUUACUCUGCGUGGAAAGGGUUCACGAAGUGUACAAAAAGUUGUGGAAAUGGAACCCGGUCAAGGAAUCGAACUUGUGAUAGCCCCACUCCACAACACGGGGGGACGAAAUGCUCAGUACUUGGCCCCGAUGUAGAUAUUGAGAGCUGUAAUACACACCCAUGCCCCAUUCAUGGGGGGUAUACUCUAUGGUCUAAUUUUUCGGACUGUAAUUUAUCGUGUGGCGGUGGGCGACAGACAAGGUUAAGGUCUUGUACUAACCCCAUUCCACAAUAUGGAGGCAGAGAUUGUGACCACUUAGGGCCAUAUUACGAAAUCAGACUAUGUAACAUCCACUACUGUCCAAUUCACGGCGGGUAUUCGAAUUGGGGGGACUUCAGUGUUUGUACCAAAACGUGUGGAAUCGGAACGAAAUACCGAACCAGAAAUUGCACCGAUCCUAAACCUGCACAUGGCGGACGAGAUUGCGAGAGAGUAGGACCAAAUUUGGAGGAGGUCCUCUGUAACACUCACCCAUGCCCAGUCCACGGAAACUACACGGCCUGGUCGGAAUUCACGCCAUGCUCCACGACUUGUAACAAUGGCACCCAAACUCGCACCCGAAAUUGUAGCAACCCAAAGCCAAUGUAUAACGGAGAAAAUUGCAGUGAUUUAGGUCCAGAAAACGAAACACGUUCUUGCUUUUUACGAGAUUGCCCAGUCGAUGGCGGAUACGGACAUUGGACAAGGUUUUCCGAAUGUAACACCAGUUGCGGGGAGGAUGGUCGUCAAAUACGAACGCGGCAAUGUGAUAGUCCAGCCCCUAGAUUUGGCGGGCGUGCUUGCGCUCGACUGGGCGCGGCAAGGCAAAUACGGACCUGUAAUAUUUUUCCAUGUCCCAUUGACGGAGGGUGGAGCGAGUGGUCGGGGUUUUCGGAGUGUUCGGAAACAUGUGAAAGUGGUAGGAGGGUGAGGAUCAGGAAAUGUGAUAACCCACCCCCACAAUACGGUGGGAGUGAAUGUACGGUGGUGUCGGGAGAGUCUGGGGUGCACUCCGAGGAAUGUAAUCCUCAAAGAUGUCCUGGUAAGUUUUGCUAUGAACAUUUGUAACGAUACAUUGAUGUAGUAUUGGUCAUGACAAAGUUUAUUAUGCUGGCUAGCUCGGUCAGUUCAGAAACAACCUGUGCUGUUUGGUUUGGGAAGAACAUUUCGCAAUAUGUAACCGAGGCGAUAUUAUAAUCAGGUGUUUGCAUGUUGCAUAAAUUGUGAACCCUAGUCGAGGUACAGGGAACAUGAACAAACCAAUCUACCACCAACAUCGCAUUAAUAGAAACAGUGUUUGAUAAGGAACUUUAAUUUAUAUUCAAAUACCUAAGAUAUCUGUAACUUUUUUCUAGAUAUUCUUUUCACAAUAACGAUCAAGAUUACGUCUGAAGAAUGGAGAGAUUCGUUAUUAAAUUUUAACAGCUUGGAAUACCAGAAUCUCGAGAAGAAAAUACUAAGAAAUGUAAGAAAAUUUUAAAGAAUCUUUUCUUGAAGAUCUCUUAGUUUUUUGUCUUACAAUUGAACUUUUUUGGUUUCUCUAGGUGAUAGAUUUUUAUGGCGACAAUUCGCCUUUACGCAGAAUGAAAGUUUUAAAAUUAUGGUAUGUUUAUAUACAAUUAUUCAUUUGUUUCACGUAUCGUGUUUUAUAAUCAAAACAGUGUUCCAUUUGGAAGGGGUAAAUCGGAUGGCACUUGGGGAAACAAAUUACUAGAGCCAUCCGAAAUAAAUAAAGUUAGUCCACACGUCUUCCUGUAGUAACUCAAAAUGUAUAUAAAUUAUCUCAAAAGAAAUUCAACUUUUACCUUAUGUGUUUCGUUCCCAGGAAAGGAAGUGUCAUUGCCUUGGUUGAAAUUCAUUUUUUCAACAUUUUGUAUUCUGGUGUGUUGGACCUACAGGAUGAAAUAUUUCUACAAAACAAAUUGGGAGAAUUAGAUAUUAUUGGUAUAAAUAUGAAGAGUAUUGAUGGUAAGAUGAUUUGAGAGUUUCAUUUCUUCAAAGCACCGAAGCCCCAUUCAUUUCAUCUAAUAUUCUUCUUCAGUUCCCUCUGAUCCACCCGGGAACAUAACAGCGUACAACACAAGCUCGCGAAGCAUCAUGGUCACGUGGAAUGACAUUCCAAUAUCUCAGUCCAAUGGCAAUCUCACAAACUUUCUCGUACUGUACGCUGAAAAUCAUACGUCAGAAUACACAGAAACUAUAUUGGAUCCAAACUCUUAUCGUGCAGAGUUAAAGAAUCUGGAAAUAUUUCAUCCUUAUCAGAUCAGAGUGGUGGCGCGCAAUAGACGGGGCGAAGGCGUAGCAAGCUUGCCUAUCGUUGUUUGGACUGAAAUGGAAGGUAAAAACUAAGCUUUAACUAAGUUUAUUAUAUAAUUCAACAGAAAUAUGGCUUGACACUUCUCCAGGAACAUUGUAUGCUUGAUAUACAGUGCCUCGAGGAAAAUACAGCAAAUCUCCAGGCUCCAAUAUAAAUUCAUGAGUGACAUCGUCCACUUCAUCUUGCGACAAGUCUUCACUGAUUUCUUCAUUCCAUAAUAUCUCUGACCAGCUUUCCUUCAUCUCUUCUUAUUGCGUGUCCAUACCAUCUCAGCCUUGCUUCCCUCACCUUCUCUGCAAUGUCUACCACCCCACAUCUUCUUCUGAUCUCUUCGUUCCAUAAUGUCUCUGAUCGGCUCUCCUUCAUCUCUUGUUAUUACGUCCAUCUAAAUCAUUCUCCCUAGAGGUUUUGAUUGUAUGUAUUACGAGGUAGGAAUCAAGGAUCAAAUACAAGGUCUCGUAAAUUGAUUAAUUUUUGUUGUUCUUUAUUUUAGCUCCGAAUGCAGCACCACAAAUUCAAUUUGCCUACAACCUGAGUUCUACAAGCGCCUACAUACAAUGGUCUGCUAUUCCUGAGGAAAAUUAUCUUGGAAUAUUCCUAGGCUAUGUAGUGAAAUAUCGUUUGAGUAAAACAGGUACAAACAUCCUGCAAAAAUAUGUGUGGAUUGAAUGUGUGUGUGUGUGUGUGUGUGUGUGUGUGUGUGUGUGUGUGUGUGUGUGUGUGUGUGUGGGGGGGGGGGGGUAGGGUGAGGUAAUGAUCUGGUUAAACAUUGUAACUGAGAGCUGAAUUUCAAAGGAACGCAGGUGAAACUUGUCGUCGUUUCGAAGGCUUACUAGGACGCCUCAGACUACCACCAUACGGCCCAUGUCUGAUCACAACUAUGGAGAAAGGGUUAAGUUUUUGGUGAGGGAGAAUUGGAGUACCUCUCCAUGUUGCGACUUUUAUAAACCUCUCUUAUUUGUGUAUUGAAUUCUUUAGAUGAGUGGAUGUCAGCCACCUUAAACACAAGCUCUCUAGACACAGUCACACGAGAUCUGAGGAAGUUUUCAACUUACGAAGUCACCGUAGCAGGAUUCAACAGGAUUGGAAACGGACCAGCAAGUCAGACUUAUAUCACAACCGAUGAAGACGGUAAGAGGAUUGAGCAUUUCCUUUGUUGGUCUUUUAGCUUUUGAAGUUAAUGAGCUUUCUCUCUGGUGCCAGAUGAAGAAACUUUAGAAAAAUUCCACUACCCCCGGUCCAUUCAAGGAAUACCAGGGCAAUUAUGGGGUUAGCUCAGUUGGCAGACUGCCUGCAGUGCAGGACUAGUAGAACAUGAGGUCUUCAAAUGAAGUCGAAUCACUAAAAAAAUAAUUUGUCAAUCUCAACCGUCCCUGCUUUAACGUUUUAGGUUAAAUCCCGAUCUGGAACUAAUGGACCUUUCCUAAAUAUUUAUAGUUUGUACUAGGAAACACGGUAAACGUGUUAAAUAUGAUAAUUUCAUAUGUUUUAGUGCCAAGUCAACCCCCUCUAAACAUCAAAGUCGAGAACACUAGCUCCACAAGCGUAAAUAUAUCAUGGGAGGCAAUUCCAUCUCAACACAUCCACGGCAUUCUACAAGGAUAUGGAAUAUUCUACAGAGCUGAUCAUGUUCACGUAUGGACUAACCUCACCUUACUGCCGGAUGUAUAUAGUUUGGAAUUAACUGGACUGCGAAAGUAUCAGAAAUACUACCUACAGGUGGCUGGAUUGACCGUUAAAGGAAUCGGGAAACCUUGCAAACAGAUUCCUGUGUUGACAGACGAAGAUGGUAAGACUAGAAUAGAUAUUUUGGCUUUCACCCUGUCCUGGGUCAACUGCUCGGAUUCUUGUCCUCCACCAUUUCCGUGCCUUGUCAUAUCCACUCUCAGAUUUAAAUCUGCUUUUAUAAAACUCUAAUCCCAGACUAACUCAUAACCUACUUGGGUAGUUGUCCUUCAUCCUUCUCUGUCCCUUUGUGUGAUGUCCAGUGUUUGUUCCUUGAUAUUUAGAUAUUCUUUCACACACCCCUUCCACCACGUACUGUGUUCUCAUUCGUCUCAUAUCUCUGACCAGCUCUCUUAAUAGAGAGGUCAAGAUACCCCGGUUUCGGUGUACGGGUAGCAUGAUUUUGGUUAGCAAUAUUUUCGUCGAUGUAUAAAGGUGCACAUUUUUCGCAUUAUAUCAUUGUCUAUUGCAAGAAAACAGAAAAAGUAUGAUCGAAUUACAGACAUCAGUAAAACAAGAUGACACUACUCGUACCCGUACACCGAAACCGGGGUAUCUUAACCUCUCUAAUAUCUCUUCUUAAUACGUGUUCAUACCAUCCCAGUCUUGCUUUUCCCACUUCUCUGCACUUCUGAUCUCUUCAUUCUGUGAUAUCUCUUGACAGCUCUUCCUUCAUCUCUUCUUAUUACGUGUUCAUACCAUCUCAGCCUUGCCCCCUUCACCUUCACCUUCUCUGCAAUAUCUAUCACCCCACAUCAUCUGACUUCAUCAUCUCGUAAUGUCUCUGACUGCCACCCCAUCCCUUCUUAUUACGUGUCGUUUUAUUCAAACUCUCCUCUUUCAUAUUACAGUACCAAGUGUCCCACCGCCGGGAGUUCUUGCGGUCAACACCAGCUCAACAUCACUCCUCAUCGAAUGGGACCCACUUCCUAAAGCACAGACACACGGAGUUCUCCGGCGUUACCAUGUCUACUACAAGCGACGAGCCUUUCAGAAUCGACCUUGGAUACUUCUUCACGCCUCGCCCACAACACGGGCAAUAGAAAUCACUGGAUUGCGAAAAUUUACCAAGUAUAAUAUUAGAGUGGCUGGGUUCACCUCAAAAGGAAUUGGGAAUAAGAGUCAAUUGAUUUUUGUACCAACGGCUGAAGAUAGUAAGUUAGAUUUUAGUACAAGAUUGGCUCUAUACCAGGUUAUAUUUUAGGAGAAUACUGUUUAAAACAGGACUGUUGCUAGGAUAAACAAGCUAACAGUAUUGUUACAACUUGUUGACAAGGCUUGCUACAAGCCUGUUGCGAACACAUCUUGUUGACAAGUUGUGCGAUUUUUACGUGUGUACAUUUCGUUCAAUGCAUUUGUUCACUUUUAUUUCAGUUCCAAGUCGUUCAGUGAAUUUCAUAGCCGCUAAUGCCUUAAGCUCCACUAGUAUCAAGGUGAAAUGGGGUCGAAUACCCAACGAGCAAGUUCACGGUAUCUUACGUGGGUACCAUAUUUUAUAUCGGGCUAUAGAUAAGAAUGGGAGUUAUAUGGUGGGCAAGACUAUACCAUUCACAUACGAGAUAACUCUGGAGAAUUUGUUGAAAUUUACAAAGUAUGGUAUCAGGGUGAUUGGGUAUACAAGCAUUGGAGAUGGAAAAGCAAGCAAUGAAAUCAACUGUACCACGCUUGAAGAUUGUAAGUAACAGCUGAGAUUAAUAUUGAAGUUCACAAAACCCUUCUAUUUUCUGUUCUGUUGAGCGAAACACCCAAAAUUCCAAAGUCAUUUAAUUCUCUUUCAGUACCAUCAAAACCACCACUAAACAUCAAAGUUCACAACCGUUGGAGCUCGACAGAAAUGCCCAUUACCUGGAAACCGAUCACGCCAUCAUACUACGUCCACGGCAUCCUCCGUGGAUAUCGCAUAAAAUACAAACCCGUGCGAGAUACACUCAAGACUAUCAAUACAACAUUCAAGUGGGAAAAUAUAGGUCCGGACAAGUUAGAAUACUUGAUCAAAGGACUACAGCCAUUUACUACCUAUGUCGUUCAAGUGUUGGCUUACACCUCCAUUGGAAAUGGGGUGGAAAGUCAGGAGGGUUAUGGAGGUAGGUGGGGACUGGGUAGGUGGGAUGGAUAUGUGGGGUGGGUAGGUGGGGUAUGUGAAGUGCUGUGAGCUCUACUGUGGUGGUUUUUCCUGGAGUAACAGUGUUCCAAGAAGUCCCAGCUCUUACUGGAUCACUAUAGGGAGAACUCAUCUGCGUCUUAAUCUUCGUUUUCUUGGCUCUCAGGUCAAAUAGAGUUCUUGGUAUCCAGCAUUUGUGAAGCUACCUAAGGCAACUGGUCAUGCUAUGCUAAUAAACCUCCAUCUAAAUAGUUCAAAGACAAUACAUCUCUAAAUGUUUGAAUGCAAAGCAUUACAAAUUAGCACAGCAUGACCUAUUGCUAUGGUUAGCUUUGCCACACUGGUAUCCAGCAUGAAUUCUGUUACCUAACCUCAAAUGUUAUGAUUGCCUUUCAUUGCAGAAACCUGCAGCUGCCAACGAGUCUUCACAACGAACUGGUGGCAGCUAGCACCGUAUACAACACUGGAAGACAACAAAGCUGUUGGCAUAUUCCCAGACAUUCUAAAACACGCUGUAGCAUUCUGUUGUAGCGACUGCGUUCACGGCGAUUCGGCAACCAUAGACUUCGUAGGAAACAACAAAACAAAAUCACUACAGCGAGGAUUAAUUGAAAUGAAAAAUAACCUACGAGAGGAGACUGAUUUCCACUUUCCCAUACAUGGCACGAAAUUUAAGAUGACAUAUGCCAACGGCUUUCCUUACGUUCCCCUAGUCCAUUCACCUGGGGCUGCAUUCAUGAUCAGUUCGCAAAAUACGUUUAACGAAUCCGAAAGAGUCAUCAGGACCGUCUUAGAUUCUUGGACAUUUAUCCUGGUGUUGUUUUUUUCGUCGUAUUUCGUUGGUCUCAUCAUGUGGCUGAUUGUAAGUUAAUGUAUUCCUAUUUAGAUGAGUAAAAAUGUUCUUGUAUCUUCUAAUCUCUUCGUUCCAUGUCUCUGCCCAGCUCGCCUUCGUCUCUUCUUAUUACGUGUCCAUACCAUCUCAACCUUGCUUCCUUCACCUUCUCUGCAAUGUCUACCACAUAUUCUAAUCUUUUCGUUCCAUGUCUCUGAUCAGCUUUCCUUUAACUCCUCUUAUUACGUGUCCAUACCAUCUCAACCUUGCUUCCUUCACCUUCUCUGCAAUGUCUACCACCUCACAUCUUCUUCUGAUCUCUUCAUUCCAUAAUGUCUCUGAUCAACUCUCCUCGUCUCUUCUUAUUACAUGUUCAUACGAUCUCAGCCUUGCUUCCUUCACCUUCUCUAUAAUGUCUACCACCCCACAUCUUCUGAUCUCUUCAUUCCAUAAUGUCACUGACCAGCUCUCCUUCAUCUCUCCUUAGUACACAUCCAUACCAUCUCAACCUUGCUUCUCUCAUCUUCUCAGCAAUAUCUAUCAUUCCACAUCUUCUUCUGAUACCUUCAUUAUCAUCUUGUCCUUUAAAGAAACCACAGGCUCUAUAUCUUCUAUCAGAUAUUGCCGUACAUAGGUUUGAUAGAUGAUAAAUGUACGUUGCACAGUUUUCAUAUUUUCAAGUGGUUGAAAAUUCUGUGUUUUUUUUUUCUUUCAGGAACGCAAACACAACCCCAAAUAUUUCCCAAUGUCAUUUUUUUAUGGACCUUGGGAUGGUUUCUGGUGGAGCUUUAUAACUCUCACAACUGUCGGGUGAGAUGAUCUAAAUGUCCAUUACAAAAUUACUGAAUUUGCAUUGCUAAACUCGAGUACAGCCAACCGUACGAGUUCCAGUGUUAAUAAACAGAAUUGGGCAAUUCCAAAUUCGCCCAGUCCCUUGUGAACGUAGUCUUAAAACGGUACUUAGAAAUAUUAAUUUUGUUUGAAACUAGAUACGGUGACAAAACUCCAAGAACAGUCAUCGGCCGGUUUGUCGCUAUUUUAUGGACUUUAUGUGGUCAGAUAAUGGUAGUGAUGUUUGUUGCGCACAUCACGAACGAAAUCUCGUCGAGCAUCAUUAAAGAGGAUAUCAGAGUUUAUGGAAAAAGGGUGAUUCUCAUCUACGUUCUAAAAUGAAAAAUUAUUUGUAUCUGACAGUAAAUCCUCUUUUGACUAUCCUCCCAUUUGCCCAACAUUCACUAAAAGAGACAGUAGAUCGAAAUUGGUUUUACAGAGAAAAGCCUAUUGGCACCAGUUCAUGCAAAAAUUAGAAACAAAAAUUCCAUUAAAGAUUUUCAAAUGCUACCGCAACAAUAUUUCCAAAUUUGCCCAGAGAUUAAUUCCCGAGUCCAGUUGUUAAAAGUUUAUUCCUAAUUUUAGAUUGCGGUUAUACAAAACUCAUCAGAAUACAGACUUGGUGUUAAAAAGAACGCCAGAUACGAUCCAGGUAGUCAUUCCUUUCAUAAACAGUUUGAAAUAGGUUGCCAUAAUCUAUAAAAACAACAAUAACAAGGACAACAACAACAACAACAAACAACAACAAACAACAACAACAACAAACAACAACAACAACAAACAACAACAACAAUAAACAACAACAAUAAACAACAACAAUAAACAACAACAAUAAACAACAACAACAAACAACAACAACAACAACAAACAACAACAACAACAACCAACAACAACCAACAACAACCAACAACAACCAACAACAACCAACAAAAACAACAAACAACAACAAACAACAACAAACAACAACAACAACAACAAACAACAACAACAAACAACAACAACAAACAACAACAACAACAAACAACAACCAACAACAACCAACAACGAUAAUAACUCCAAAACUACUACAAUACCAACAAAUACUAAACACAACAGCAAAUACAACAUCAUCUUCAUCAACAACAACAAAUACUAUGUAAUCACUACAAAAAAAAACAACUAGACAAUAACUGUAAGAACAAGAUGACAGCAAUAACAAUAAAAAUAACACCACCAAUACAACAACCACUUUUAUCAUAUCUUUUCAGACGUGCAGUAUUCGAACUUAAAAGAAAUUUACGAUGACUUGUUGAAGCAUAAAGUGUUUGGUGCUCUUAUCGAUACCUAUACAGUAUCUAGUGCUAAAGAUUUGUUCAAUGAUGCUAAACUUACUGUAAAUAAAAUAUUUGAUUAUUCCCUCAACUACGGAGUGGUGUUAGGUGGGGAAGGACGCAAGUUACAACCUUGCCUUGAGCGUUACAUCACACAAGAGACCGACGAAAUACAUCAGUCUGUUGUCAAACAUGUUAAACCAUUGAAGGUACUUGACAAGAUUUCAUUUACGUUUUUCUUUGUUUAUCACAAUUAAUGGCGAGCUUCGCUGUUGCGAUAGCAGUUAAUGUUACUAAUUAGUAAAUUAUUUUGUAACAAUCAUCAAAUAGAAAUUUACCACAUUAUUUUAAGGACCAGUUAGAAGUAAUGUCCAAGCAAUUAAUACAUAGUUUCAACGUGGUAGAAAAUAAUUUCACAAACGUUCAUGUGUGGAUAAUGGAUUAACAAUAAAUAACACUAAUGAAAAUACUCAUUUAUUAUUCAUGAAGAAAAUUCAAAAGAAAUGAAUGUUUAAUCAAUGUUUGUAAAUCGGAUAAAGAUUUGUCCUGAUUUACAUAAACUCCAGCUUUGAUUUUCUCGGCUUAGACAAUGUUUAUUUUUAAAAAACUUCGCCAAUGAACGCAUAAGAUGGGUUGUUUUUUUAAGUACGAUAAAAUAUUCGCAUCCGAUCUUUAUCUGAUAUACAAACUCUCGCGUUCGGCUCUAUAAGGAUCGGCUGCUCAUGUUUAACUAGUACUUAAAAGAUCAGUUAUAAAUAAACAUCUUGUAACAAUUUAUAGUACUAAUUAAUGAACAGUUACAAUGAAAUAAUCGAUCUGUGAAGAUCGUCAGUUAGACAAUUAUGUUGUAACAAUUAAUGACACUAAUUAGAAGAUCAGUAAUAACUAAUUAUUGUGGAAACGAAUUAAACAAUCAGCAAAAUAUCCAUAUAUAAUUAAUUAUACACUCAUAAACUGAUAGCAAUAAGCGAGUCAUUUACCAUCAACACCAUCUAAGCGUGAUAUUAUUUGUUAUUUAGAAUGUUCUAACACGGAAUGUAAGAGUAGACAAAACGCGAAGCCUGUUCGAUGCAACUUCGAAGACAUAUCAACAAGUUAUCAUCAUUAUUGCGGCAUUGUUUGCUAUCCUUUUCCUCCUUGGAGUUAUUGCAACAUACACUUCAAAAUGUCUGCCUCAUUUCAGAAUGCCAAUAGGUAAGAAAUUGUCAAUCUAUUCAACCAGUUAUCACAAUAAGGAUUGUCAACACAAAACGUCCCUUGGAGGAAAUCUUCUGAACAGCUUCAGUUUGGCUUUACUGCAGGCUCUUCUCCAAGUACUGCGGUUUCCUUCGCCUGUAGCAACACUAGACCAAUCAGGCAUCAUCUGUACUGCAUGGACUUCCAAGAAAACUUUACAUAGAACAGACGAUAUAGAGCUAUCCAAGAUUUUAAAAACUGAUUAAUAAUUCAUGAAGAAAAGACAAAGGAAUUUUUUAUACCGGGUGGUGCAAAAAAAAGUACGACAGUUUGAUUCACCAUGACUCAAAAACUAAAAGAGCUAUUACACUUAAAUAAGUCACCGUAUAUUCUACGAUGUUUAACUUAAAUUUUGAUAUAUGUCUUGUACCUUUUCAUGCAAUAUUGGCUGAGAUAACUGUGCUUAAACGUAAGCAAAUACUUUUGGAACCGCCAAGAAUUAGCUGAAAAGGCCCUAUAAACAUACAUACCAGUCUUCAUAUCUUAUUAGAGCGUGUAAAACGUGGAACGUUUUAAAUAGUGACCUCCGUAAUAGAGAUAUUGGCCUGCAAGCUUUCAAAUCUGGACUAAAGACGUACUACAAAUACGCGCUAUCUAAUAUUUAUAACUAUGACGAUCCACGAACUUGGAAAUCUGUGUGCGUUAAAUGUAAAAGGGCUAGGUCCCUUGAUGGUGUUUUAAGUUGUUGUUAGUUGUCUCUUGCACCGAUUGUAUUUUGUCUUAAAUUAGUUCGUUUCGACUGUUAAAAUUAUUGUAAACGUAAAGUUAAUUAUGGGGUCGCCGUAAUUGGGGAAACCUGUGGCGAACUCCCUGGCGCUAUAUUAGCCGAAUCUCAUUAAAUCAUUAAAUCAAUCAAAAGUUCCAAAAAUGUUUACUCCUGCUUAAAUGCAUGUAUCAUUAACAAUAUGGCAUCGAAAUGGGCAUGGCAUAUAUCAAAGUUUAAGUUGGAUAUCGCUGAAUGCCAUUAAACUUGUUUUAGUGUCGUUGCUCUUUUAGUUUUGAUUUUGCAGCAAACAGUCGUACAUUUUUUUGCCCCACCCGGUACGUGAUAAAAAAUCAUGUUAAUUUACAUCAAUUUUAGCUUUGAUUUUCUCGGCUUAGGGACCGGUCAUUAUUUAUGGUGGGGGGUGGCACCGAAGAGAAAUGUUUUUUGUGGCAAAAAUUUUGCUGACCCAACCAUUAAAAAGCCAAAAGUUUGAUUACCCAACCUCAAAUAUCGAUUAAAAAAUAAAUACCCACUCCUGGCCAAAAACUUUACAAACGGAUACCAUUCAGUUGUCACACAUGUCCUUUACCACUUCUGUGACAUGAGCUUGAUAACUGCUUGUGCAAUUUUCUGCAGUCUAAAAUUUCAUGUUGUCUGCACAUGUACUUUCUUUGGAGACACCAUCUGUCUCUCAACAUAUCGGAAUAUUAUCAAGAUAUUGACUCUGAUUGAUUCACAUAUUAUAUUCACAUCUGACUGUUGACAGUACUUUUUGGUCUCCAACAUUUCAGUGAAUCGUGCUUUGGAAAUGACAAUAAUUUUUUAUUACCCAACCCUUGAGUUGUUUUGUUUUUCAUUUACCCAACCUUUUACUCACUCAAAAUUUUGUUUACCCAACCCUUUUCUCUUUGGUGCCACCCCCCACCAUAAAUAAAGACCGGUUCCUUAGACAACUCCUACUCGUGUUUUAAAUAGUACUUAAAGUAAAUUUAGUUUGAUAGGGUAAUUUUUAUUCACCUUUUGUAAUUCCAGAUACCACAGCGUUGAUAGCUGGUGCAAGAGAUAGAGCAUUUGAAUCGCGACAAGAAGCAUUGAUGAGCUGUGUUUCACCAGACAACACAAUCACAAGAAAAAUGAAACGAAACAUUCAACGGGCAAAACGAAGACAUUUAAAAGAGAUAAAAUCUUAUAUAAAAGAACGCCAGAAAGCGGACAGGAGAAUCGAAAGAGCUUUGAAACGCGAAAAAGCGAGGAAAGAACGGGAAGAGGCGAAGAGAAAACGACUGGAAACCGAGGACGAUGAUAAGAGUUUCGGCGAUGGAAAUUUGUCGAGCUCCAGUUCCGAAGGAUCGGUUAAGAAUGAGACGAAAAAUAUUUGGCGGGACAUUGAACCACUUGAAGGGAUAUUUUCACUUGUAUGAUACAAACAAUAUGAAAUAAAUAUUUAUCUAGCUUAUUUACAUAAUAUGAUGUUUUGUGUGUCAUUUGGUAAUCGUAAACAUUUUUUCGAAUAAACUCUUCGGUAUCGUGAAAAAAACCCUUUUACGAAAGUUCCGUUUCUACUGUCGACAGGAAAAGACGGAGGUUUUAAGCGGCUUAUCGUCCCCUUUUCCCUUUGGUUUUACAUGCAAAAAGAAUAAAAAUCUCCCAUGUCUAAAAUGCUUUCACAUUUUGUGAAAUCACGUAUUUCGCCGUAAAAUUACUUCCUUCCUUCACUCAUUUCGCCCCAAUUUAUGUUUUUGAGUUAACAGUUUAUAUAAAAAAUACACGAGUGAUUUAAAAUUAAAUAGAUUUUAAAAGCCAGUUUGCAUUAUGAAAAAUACACAAAAACGUUGCAUGGAAACAAACUUAAAAGCCGACUGCAAAACAGCACGAAGUCAAACAGCCGUUCAUCACUUCGCUCAUGUUAAACCAAGCUUUUUAAGUUAAGUAAUUUAGCAAGGCAAUUUCCAUAGUUUUCCACUCAAUUUUCAGUGCGUUUCAACCGUUUUAAGGGGAUAAUAAUUUGCAUGUUGUUAUAUGCCGUUUGUUGCUAGAGGCAACAAUCUCGUCAGCACGAUUCUGAUUGGUUACACGGCGAGCAAACACAUAUUGCGGUCGGCUGGUAAUGCUUUGAAUACAUUAAUUAUUGAUCACGGUCAAAUAUGCUUGCGAAGUAGUACAUAUAUGGCGAAGGACGGAUAACGCAACAAAACUUAUCACGAAUUUGAAAUAACUGUUUGAAUUUAACGUAAAAUAGUGUGGAGUACGUCACAAAGACAUACACAGGACACAAGAUUGAAUACCUCUCAAAAAUGUCCGUUUUAAUUCGGACGAUUUUAUCAUUCUUCGCAAUACUGGUAAGCUGUUCUUCAUGCUAAUGUACAUUGAAUCAGUUUUAUUACAAAGCAAAGAUAAGAUAAUGUAUGUCUUCAAAGAUAAGUGUUAGAUCGUCACGACAAUAUUUCGUGCACUUAAAUUAGAAGAAACUCGCUUUUGGCUCGACAGCUCAGCACAUUGAGCGGCGGUCUAGUACAAUCGAUGAUGCGAAUUUGAAUCCACGAAAUUUAGGACCAAAGUGUUAGGACUAAAUGUAAAAAGGUUUUGUAUAUCUCUGAAAUAAGAGUUUACUAUAUGAAACUGCGUAUUUUCAAAGCUCUACUUAACUUGAAAUUGUGUUUUUAUUUUUAGUUUUUGAAUGGAAAGCAGGCAGAAGGGGCAGGUGAGUUGAGUUGCUUCGCGACAAAGUUUAACGCAGUUGUUAAAAAUCUGCAACCGUCUGAUAGAAUGACAAGAUAUGACCAUACACAUCGGGCACUAUGAGCAAUCAUAACUAGAUUCUUUACUUUACGUUGUAAGAAUACGUUAAAAAAAACGGCAUAUAGUUAAAUAAAUACGGUGUAUAUAGGCUACAUGAAGAACUGCCCUAUGUCUUGCUUUGCAACAAGGUUUGCUAAAACAAUGCAUGGGCAGCUUUUUAAAAUGAUAUUUUAUAUAUCUACUUAUUAAUCUAUGUUACACUAAGGUCAAGGCAAUUUUCAAACGAGAUCGCGGACGAAUUUGAAAUCGUGCAUGGAAAAAAAUUAUUUCCAUGCAUUAGUAAUACAUUCGUACGGCGAAAUCGUGGUUUGACUAUAGGCUAUGAUAUUACGAGUUCGGUCCAUUCUGCAUAUCGACAUGCAGGGUGCAGGAAACAGUGUUAUAAAGUCCUUAGCUAGGCUAGUGUUAAAGUCCUUAACUUUCAAAAUAAACGCCGCGGUGUCAGUGUAGUUAAAUAAAUAUACGUCUCACAGAGCUACACUGUGUUUAACAAUAUAUUUUCGAAGCACCUGUUUCAACAGAAUAUAUUAAAUUAGACCACAAAUACAAAUGAACGAAUUCUGAAACGGAUUCAACCACCGGAGAAGAAUACAUGCACUGGUGUCGACGAGGAUAAUGCUAACAUUUUUACUUUCUAGAAGUAGCAAAAAAAAAGACUUCACUUCAACAGUUAAAAUUUAUUUAAAUUUUUAUAUUUUAUAUAAACUUUGAAUAUUUUGUUCUUUUUCGCAAAAAUUUAGAUGAAAGAAUUGACUGUGUAUAUAAUCUAAGAUUUCAGCAUCAUCGCGCAUUCUAAAAUAUAUAUCUAUACAAUCUGAAAUAAAGUACAGCUUAAACAAAUCGCAAACAAGUAGCAUACACAUCCUGAUUCAUGAAUAUAUACGUUUCGGCAUAUUUACUACUAUUCUUAUUAACUUCUUCUUAAGGUUAAAGCUCUAUUUUUUUAUUUAAACAUAUUUUAAAUACGUUUGCUCCAAGAGCUAAUAUGCUCAUCUAGAGUCCGCUGUCUUGUACACGCGCAAAAACGCACAAGUUUUAACAAACCUGCAGCAGAUUUGUAUAGCAAUGUUGUUCCAACAACUUGUCAACAGGAUGUGUUCGCACUGCUUGUUCCCAGCUUGUUGACAACUUGCUACAAGGUUGUCGAGCUCAACAGACUUGUUACAAGUUGUUGCAACAACUUGUUAUCGUCCUGCAAUUCAACAAUUUGUCAACAAGUUGUGAGUGACAACCUUGUAGCAACUUGAUAAAAUAACAGCAUUGUUACAACUUGACAAGCUUGCUACACUGAGCCUGUUGCGAACACAUCUUGUUGACAAGUUGUGAGAUUUUAUGCGUGUACAAUACGUAAAUACAAUAUCUUGUAUUUUCAGCGUGCAACGGCGGCGUGCAGCGACUGUUGGACAGCGAAGGCACAAUAAAAAGCCCAGGUUUUACAGAAAAUCAGAACUACCCGACGGACCAGACAUGUAAUUGGCUUAUAUUUGGACCCACAGGCUCAACCGUUUCCCUCACCUUCAAAGAUUUCGAGCUGGAGGAAAGCAAGGUUUGCGAAUACUACGACUAUGUCACGAUCAAAGAGAGAUGCACAGGAACGUCGGGGAUUUCUGGGAACCUAGGAGGUAGAGCUGAUGGAUAUUGCGGUACAUUUAUGCCUCCGAUGAUCAACUCGACUUGCAAUGAGUUGCAUAUUUCAUUUUAUUCUGAUGACAGUGAUACGGCCAGGGGAUUCCACGCGGAAUACAAAAUACACAAGGAUUCAGGUAAGAUGAGUUGAAUUGUACUACAAGUUGUAAAACACCUGGGACGGACACUAGGGGAAAGGGAGGGGGGGUGGCAAUAAUUUCUAAAUGCUUUUGAAUGGUGGUGAAUAAUUGUGCAACAAAGCUGUAACAGUAAUUUUACAACCAUGAAAGCAUUGGCAGGCUAUAAAUUAAGCAAUUUUGCCUGAAAUUUAGGACAUAAAAGUUUUAAGAAAUUCAUUUUGAAUUCUGCAUAUCAGAAUACAGGCACAACACAACACAACACAACACAACACAACACAACACAACACAACACAACACACAAACUGUCAUACCAAACAAGCUAAACACAAUUUUUUUGUAUAUUCACAGAGGCUCCAAUGAUCACUUGCUUUGGAGAUAAGGACUGUAAAAAAGAAAUGACCCGGAAAGCAACCGAAUCGUUCACCUUUCAUUGCCGAGUUUACGGCCAUCCACGCCCCAGACGUUACUGGGCCCGAGUUGAUGGGAAGCCGUUGCCUGCUGACGCCGUCGAUGACAACAAUGGUACGCUGACCAUUCCGAACCUGCGAUAUCCCGAAGACACUGGAGAAUAUAAGUGCGUGGCCAACAACACCUGGGGAGAGGAUAUUGCCACUGCAAAACUGGAAGUGAUACGUAAGAUUUAACUGCACUGUUUUAAAGGCCGAUUUACAAAACACAACUUUUGCCUAAAACUGUCGCACUUGUCAAGGGAAACUUGUUGACCAUACACACGAGAAAGUAAACUUGUCAAGGAAAUUUGUUGAUCAUACACACGAGAAAGUAAACUUGUCAAGGAAAUUUGUCACGGAAACUUGCCAAGGCUUAAUAAUUAUUUUUUAUUUUCGCAGCAAAAUGCCACUGUCCACCUAACAUCACAACCAACUGGUUCCACAAUCCACCUUUUGUGAUCAAGGAAAAAGACAACGACCAUCCUAAGGGAAUAUUUCCACUACUGAUCGACAAAAUGAUUGACAAAUGCUGUGGUAAUUGCAGUAAGGGUCAUGGUAUCUCCCAUGUUAGGUACGGGACACCCAAAGAAUCCUUGAAUGAAGUUAAGUACACGAUCAGCUCAAAACAGGUCGUACAUCUUUCAUUUCCGAUCGCAGGCAAAGAAACAGACGAAGAAUACAAGGUAUGUUGGUUGGUAUAUAGGUAGGUAACUGGUUUAGUAAGAAGGUAGGUAGGUAGACAGCCAACUUUAUUUUAACAGGCCUACUAUGCAUGUCAAUGAGGCUCUUUGAUAGAAGAAUAUAAACUAGUGAACAAACAUUAGAAAGCUAUAGUAGCAAAUUUAACAAAAGCUAAGCAGCAUGUAAUCUACUUACAAAAGAUCUGUGUUGUCUUAAGGGCGAGUACUACAGACCGCUGUUCAGUUCACCCGGUGUCGCAGUACUGGUGAUGAAGGAGGACUCGAGCGAAAGUGCCAAAGCAAUUCUGAACUCAGUUCUUUCUGCAUGGCCUGUACUAUUGCUGACUCUGGUUAUGGCUUGGCUGGCUGGUAUUGCAAUGUGGGCCUUGGUAAGAUACUGGACCAAUAUGUUAACUGGAAUUAUAUAACGAUAUCACAGCGCAUUAUAAAACCUUUGUGGAUUAUAACGGUUGCCAACUAACACGCGCGUAUCUUUGUUUAGGAUACUUGGUACAACCCUGAUGAGUUUCCACGUCCAUUCCAUAUUGGUGUUUUCGAAGGAUUCUGGUGGGCGUUUGUCACCAUGACAACCGUUGGGUGAGAAUUUUUAUUGACGAUUGUACCAACUGACUUAUUGCAACAUAACUGGGCGCGUCAACCUAGAAAAACGCAGCGUUGUAAAAUCAACUUUCAUGCAAAACUUAAGAGAUACUAUUUGCGCGUAUUUUCCUAUAGAUAUGGCGACCGUUCUCCUAGGGGUUAUUUAGCUCGUGUAUUUGCUAUCCUGUGGGUCCUGGUUGGUCUCGUCGUCAUCUCUAUAACUACAGGUGUAAUAACAACAUCACUGACCGCAAUAACUCUCAGCACAGAUCUUCAGUUGUAUGGAGCCAAGGUAAGAUAUAUAUUUACACUCAUAGAUUGGUUUUGUCAAUUCUAUCGAACAACACAUGUCAGUCUACAAAAUGUCGAAAGGCAUACGAAUACGAUAAUGUGAGUAUAGAAUGAUAAUGUGAGUACAGAAUGAAACAAAGGUAACCAAGCUUUUAAAUUAGACAUGCGAGUGAAUUGGGUAGCAACCGAACUCUUACAUUAAUUCAAAAACUCGUUAAUAAUUCACGAGGAAAACACAAAGAAAAAUCAUAAGCGUGUCGUAUCUUUAUAUGUGAUAGAGAUUUCCCUUGAUUUACAUAAACUUUAACUUUGAUUUUCUCGACUUACGCAACGUAUUUUUUGAAAAUUACUUCGCCAAUGAACUUACUAGAUCGAUCGUUUUUGAAGUAAUUUAAAACAUUCGCAGUGUGUGUUUUAUCAGACCUAAGAUACUCGGCUUCGCCUCGUAUCUUUAUAUCUGAUAAAACACUGCUGCUCAUGUUCUAAACAGUACAUAUAUCAUCAAAUCUCUUGAACUUUAGGUUGGUGCUCUGGCAAACUCUACAGAAUAUCGUAUGGGUGUGAAAAAGAAUUCCGAUGUUAUUGGUACGGUUUUCUUAAACUGUUGCGAUUACAAUUAGCAUUUCUAUAGCGCAAAUAGACCUUUCCCCUUAUGAGUGAAAUUUUGAUCUAGAUAUGCCUGGACAAAAAUUUCAUCACAGCUUGAAAGAGCAUCACAAAAUUAGUAAUAUUCCGAAGUUUCGUUGCGAAAUGUUGUAAAAUGCGGAUAACAUAGCCUUGCGAAGUUUGCCGUUUUUCAGUCAUUUUGCAUUAGAAACGGGAAAUUGAUAAUCAGAUGAUCAAACUGAUUACCAAUUUCCCAUUUGUAAUACAAAAUGACUGAAAAACGGCAAACUUCGCAAGGCUAUAUUAUCCGCAUUUUACAACAUUUCACAACGACACUUCGGAAUAUUACUAAUUUUAUGAUGCUCUUUCAAGCUGUGAUGAAAUUUUUGUCCAGGCAUAUCUAGAUCAAAAUUUCACUCAUAGGGGGAAAGGUCUAUUGUUAAACUUACCUAAUUAAAUACUUAGCCUAGACUAUAUUUUCUUCAUAACAAUUGUGAUAUUACUUUCUUAACUGUGUUUAUCCUAACCCACCCUGUCAACUUUCCCUGUGGGAGGAAACCGGAGCACCCAGAGAAAACCCACGACUUUCGGCAGAGCGUUGACUGACUCUUUUCACAUGAGUCCGUAGCGAGAAUCAAACCCACGAUCUCACAGGUGAAAGACGCUACCCCCACCACAGUCCCGAUAAAGACUAGACUCAUAUCAUGACUCCAGUCAAUUUCUUUGCAGAGUUCAGUGAGCUCGGACCAAUGUUCAGUGAACUUGAGUCCCGCUCGUUGGAUGGUAUACUGCUGGACAGUUUCGUUGCAGGCGCAAACCGUAGAUAUAUUUCCUCCAACGUACGAGUGAACAAGAUCAUUUCCUACGAUUCCUCUUACGGCAUCGUGCUCCGCGACGCAAUGGCAAGUCGAGAACUACAAACAUGUUUUAAUAACUAUGUCUCGGACAAGAAAGGCGAAAUAUCGACAAUUGUUGAGGACAACACCUCGCCUGUAAAGGUAAAGGCUUGUUCAUUUGAUCCCACGUGACCGAGAAACUCACGUUAAGUGAGCAUGCCCUUUUUAACACAUAUAAAAUUUCAAUUUCUGUUUACAGGUCCGUAACUAGGAUUUUAGCUUACCGAAUCGAGUCGUCGGGGCAUGCUCUCUCAGAAAAUGUUUGAUUUUCUAAGGCUUAGAAACGCUAUUUCCUGCAUUCUGGGAGCAAUUUUAACAAAAAAUAAGUAAUGAUAAACAGUGACACACUGACCAUUAUUUCAAAGUCUUCCUGCGUUCUGGGAGCAGUUUUAAGAAAAAAAUCAACCUCAUAAACAGUGACACAUUGACUAUAAUUUCAUAGUGUGUCUCAUAAGGUGCAGUUUACGUAAUUUAUGUGAUGAAAAACAAGCUAGACGCAGGUCACUUCACAACUGUGUAUUGUCAUUUUAUUCUAGGAGCCAAAGGAGAGUGCAUCAGAGGAAAUCGCUUCUGGUCUAUUUGACGCAAACACACCAAUGUUUAAGAAUGCGUUGUUCUCCUGUAUUGGGAUGCUGUUGUUUUUUUCGGCUUGUGGCUUGAUAUGGGACUACGGCUAUAAAAGGCACUUCAAAAAGAACAGCACUGAAUUCGGUAAGCAAUUGUGAUUUAUGAUGAACAUUAAGUCAGUUUCCUCAAACAUUUCUUACAAAUCCUUCAAAACUUAGAAUUUACCCAUGAAACUUUGAUAGUGUAAACAAGGCUAAACAUAUGCUCGUUUUCUCCCACAGAUGACCUAGCCAUCCUGGCAGGGCCUGGGUACGAGACAGUCAAGGCCAACAUGGAACUGUUGGACACACUGAUGCAAGAAGUUCAAGACUUUAAUGAUGUUUGGACGGAGAAACUGGACGAAAUUAUGAAGAAACACGACGCCGAGUAUCGACAUUUUUCUCAACAACAAGCAAAGACAUAAACAUUGUAAUUACCCAGUAUCUAUAUGUAUCCCAACUUGUUCAUAUUGUAUUUAAGAUAUAUACCAUGUUUAAUUUAUAUAACUUUUUAAGCACCAUUUUUCAGUCAUUCAAGUCGGCCAACAACAAGUAGCCGCCAUUAUAUGCGCUUUUUGUAAUUAUAUAUUACGGCAGAAUGGCACGAAGGAAUGGAAAACAAUGAAAAGACAAUUGACAGGGUGUCCACGGACCUUGAAAAUCCUGGAAAGUUCCUUGAAUUGGAAAAAAAAUUCCAGGACUGGAAAGUCCUUGAAAAUCAGUAGAAGUCCUUGAAAGUCCUGGAAUUAAUUCCCUUAACCUCCAGCUGUGCCAACAUUAGUGAUUUUGAUUAAAGUUACUGAAUAAAGUGAAUUAUUUACGGCAAAUCCGUGCCAUUUUCAAAGAUUUUUCCCUGUUCUAGGUCAUUGACUUUACUGAAAAAGGGCCUCGAAAGUCCUGGAAAAGUCCUUGAAUUUCAUCUUCACCAAACGGUGGACACCCUGCAAUCGAGCAGUCCAAUCACACGAACGUCAUGUUGCCACUGGUGUUGUGCAAGCCUAUUCAUGGCAUGCAAAAAGAAAUGAGCAAAAUAGGGCUUUGAGAAAGAAGGAAUCAGUGUUUAAAUUCUGUAUAGUUUAACAUUGCCACUUUCACGUUAACACAUAUUGUAUAUGAAUAAAUGUAAAUAUGAUAUAAUUGUAAUGUUCAAUGGUUGAGCUCUUAGCUGUAGGACAAAUAGCACAGUAUUUAAUGUGCCGUUAUGUGGGUUGCGCUUUUCCGCGAGUGAUUUCUUUGAAUUUCUGUAAAGGUCACUUUUGAACAUCCGUGUUUAUUUGAGUGAGCUCGAUAUACAACUGGACUGAGAACUCGAGUCCAAACAGUGAAGGCAAGAUGGCGAAAAUUGAAGAGUUAUUGAACGUCAGUUCCAGUCCCUUUCCACUGUUUUUGUCUGCGCGGUUAACACGAAGCUGGCAAGGGGUGUGCCGAAAUUUCGUAUUUUGACUUGGAUUUAAAGAAUAACACUAUGAUUUUAUGAACUGAUAGCUUGAUUAGCGAUACGGUCCGUUAGAAAAAACUGGAAUUAGCUGGGGGAAAUGGUAUUAAAACUGCUUACCGCCUUCAUGGAUAUUGGACGUCAAUGGUCGCCAUCUUGGCUUCACUUUUCUCAUAGACCGAAUGACUGAAUUUCUUACUCCAGAUAUAUAUAGCUCAGUGGUUUACUUGACAGCUCGCUUAACACUGAGUAUACUAGUAUUAGCUUAUUUAGUUAGUUAGUACAAAUAAUUUGUAUAGUUUUUCAAUAUAUUAUUGUGUUGCACAUACAUAGUUCACCAUGACAUUGUAAUAUGACUCGAUAAUAUUCAUUACCAUGUAAAUUAUCUCGAUGAUAUUUACGGCUAUUCACAUGUGCACGAAACAAUAUUAAACAGUUUGCCAUUCAUUGAAGACGUCAGUUUAUGUUAUUGUUAUAGUUGCCUGUAUUCAUCAGUUUUGCAUUGCGCACUUUUACUGCACAUUUCUAACAACAAAUUCUAGCUAAUAUAUGUAGUCCAAUUGCAAUGUAAAGUGAUACAGAAAGAGUAAGGGCAAAGAGAAAAAUAUUCUGCAAUUAGGCAUGUUUCAGGAAAUAUUCCUUCAAAAAAUGACAAGAGAGUUGUAGGGGUCCUGUGCAACUAACACUCUAAACCACAUCAUGUUGCAUGUUUAACCCUUGUAUCUCUUUAAGAAUGUCUGUGACCCUACCUUUUUAUUUUAUAUUUUUGUUCUGCUAUACGUUUUACAUGUCAUAUCAGAAAAUAAGAGAAAAAUAAUUUCUACAACUUAUCAUAUUUUACAUUUUUCGCGCAUGCCUCCCACAAUAACAUGUCUGAGAAGAACGUCAAUGGUUUUUGAUUCGCUAGAAUACCAUGUUUUCUUGUAUAUAAUCACUAGAUAGACAUUUUUAUAGGAUCCUUGUUUAAAAAAUUCAGUAUCGGUUGAGCAAUUGCGAUUGUUUCUGUAAGUCGUAAACGGGUCAAGAUAGGGGAAAAGUGGCAUAUUGCACUUGUCCUCUGGCACUUGUCAUAUCUUCGAAACGAGUUCGGUGACCCUAACUUUUUUCUGUUUUUACUAUGAGCAUAUCAUAAACUUCACCCCUGCAUGGAAAGUUUCAGCAAAUUCUCAUUUCCAGAACUGAUGAAUCACCUAAGUAAAAUUUUAUGAAUACUCGUUAUAUGCAGUUCAGUCUUUAAAAUUUAAUUACAAUCCUAUUAACAAUUCCCAAUAUAAUUUUAUUAUUAGCAUCACUAAUAUUUGAACUGCAGUGCAGCUGGUUCGUAUCUUGUCGACUAGUUUAACUCAUAUAUAUUGGCUCAUUUAAGGAUAACUCGCUCAACGUAUAUGACAAGCAUUUUUGGUUUUUGUAAAUGCCUUCCUAAACCCUGCAAAUGUUAGUUGAUAAAGGUUAAAGCAUAUAUCUCUUUCUAUUUGAAUAUUUAUGGCGCAGAAUACUCUAAUAAUGUCUGUACGUGAGACAAUAAUGUACGUCAGACAAUACUUAUAUUUUUCUGCCGAUACGACCAGACAUCAUAUAGAUUUCUUGCUGUGCUAAAAAUUAUCGGAUUUGUCCGUUCUUUUAUGAUUUUUUGCUUUUCUAGUUUCCGUACGUGUUUAUAUUUUUAUUAUAGAAGGCGACAAAAUUUGUCCGAAAAAAAAAUAUAUGCAAAUUUACUUACAUGACAGUGUCAUAUUACCAGUUAAGUAUGCUUUUUAAGUAGUACAUAAAGUAUGCUGCGAAGGACGGAUAGCAAAACUAAUUAUGAAUUUGAAAUAACUGUUUUAUAGUGAAUUUGAGAUAAAAUAGUGUGGAGGAUACUUCAAAGUCUCAAAGAAUGUCCGUUUUACGUCGGACUAUUUUAUCAUGGUUGAUAACACUGGUAAGAUCUUAUUAAAACGCUAUUGUACAUUUGAUUCAGUUUCAUUACAGAGCAGAGAUAAGCACGUCUUCUACGAUAGGGUUAUAGGUCGUCACGAAAAUAUUUCGUGCACUGAAAUUGGGAAAAACUCGCUUUCAGCUCGACAGCUCAACACAUUGAGCGGCGGUUUUAGUAAUCCAAAUUGGAUCCAAUGAUGAAAAUUUGACAAUCGACGAAAUUUUCGCUGUUUUGUGCAGCAGUGUUAUCUGGGACUCAGUAUAAAUAAGAUAAGAGAUUUACUAUGUGAAACUGUGUUUUUUCAUAGCUUUUCCUAACUUGAAAUUGUGUUCAAUUUUUAGUUUUUGAACCGAAAGCUGUCAGAAGGGGCAG